UGGCCGGCCGGGGCGGUAACGGGCCAGGAGCUGCUGGAUUGGCGCAGCCCGAGGCCAGAGCAGGAGUAACUGGACUCCAGGCGGCCGGUCGCAGUCCCGGAGCCCGAGGGGCUGGCGUCUGCGCCGGGCCCAGAGUCUAGGGAGAGAGCCUGACCGGGACGCGCGCACCAUGCCCUACCUGCUCAUCAGCACCCAGAUCCGCAUGGAGGUGGGCCCCACCAUGGUGGGCGAUGAGCACUCCGACCCAGAACUGAUGCGGCAUCUGGGGGCCUCAAAAAGAAGCGUCCUGGGAAACAACUUCUGUGAGUACUACGUCAAUGACCCUCCUCGAAUAGUCCUUGACAAGCUGGAGCGCAGGGGCUUCCGUGUGCUGAGCAUGACAGGGGUGGGCCAGACAUUGGUGUGGUGCCUGCACAAGGAGUGACCCUCCCACGCUGAGGAGCCGCAGUCACCCCUUCUCUGGAGUGGUUGCCAUGGGCCCCGACCCCAGGACCCUGCCUCACUCACCGCCCUGCCCGUUCUUCCCAAGUCGUCAUUUUCCUCGGCCCAGCACCACUGGGCAAUGAAUGGCCUUCUCUGAAACCUGCCUCAGCCAGUGGGGGGGCAGGGCCCCCGGCCCUGGUGCCCCCAGCUGCCCCUCCGGCUUCAGGCCUGGCGCGGGCCCUGGAGGAGGCCGUGUUCUGUGGCAGGCUGAGGAGCUGGCAAGAGCCAGGCUGCCCCUGGCAGGGAGCUGGGUGCCCCCGCGGAGCGUGGCUCCAGGACUGCGCGCGUGGGUCCUGCGUAGCUAGUCCACGCCAGUAAAGGGCUGUGAUGAGUGGUCGCUCCUCUGCUCCGCUGGCCACUGACUCUCACCGUGCGGAGCGCCUCCCUGGGGUCUGCCCACUGCCUGGGAGGGAGAGCCAGGCCUGGGUGGAGCCCUCCGAGGCAGAACCCAGAAACCAGGGCCACGCUUGGGCAGGCCCACACCCUACACCUAUGUAUGCAAUAGAGGUAGACUCUUUAAAAAAAAAAAAAAA